UGAGGUUAACCUGAUUAAAAGGCUAACCUCACUUCGCGGGGUUAGCGUUCUCUACUUGCGGCCUGAAACAGCCUGAAAAGCACAUGUAAGCGGUAACAGGAGACACGUUUCGGUACUUGCCAAAUGAUUUUUAUGGGAAUCUAUUUGUAAGAAGGUAGUAUUCCGUUAAGAGGAAUUUGUUAACGGAUUUUUGAGUGCGUCAACGUAGCAGAAAAACCAUCAGGGAAAAUGUCUGUGGUGUCAUCGAGAGUUAGUAGCGUGUCAUCGCUUUUGAAGGGGCCUGGAAUGAGAUCCAAACUUAUAGGCCAGUCUAAUAGAGUAAAUUUUAAGCUACCGAAGAACCUAAAGAACAUUCUGAGUAAUUUUGAAAAUGGCUGCGAUCGCAAAAUAUACGAAGACUUGAUACGGAUUCUUCGUGAUUCCAACAUAAAGGACAAUGAAUUGAUAGAACUACUCACCGAUAUGCAUCAGUGUAUUCCACAAUUAGGACCAGUCCAUGGAUGUUUGGUGGGAACUUUGCUGAAUAUUGAAUGGAUAGGCCGAGGCGAGGGAGCUGUAUUAGCGUACAAAGGGUUUCUGGAAGAUCUAGUAUGCGCACAUGUUUAUCAUACAAAGUUUGUUGUAGACAGACUUGUUAAUUUGUUUAUGCCAGAUGAUGAAGCAACAGAAUGGGAAGAUGGAAAUCCAAGAGAAGAAGAUUUACGGAAAUUAAAUCACGUACAUGAUGCGUUGAAUAAGCUCUUAAAAAUAAUACCAAUGUCUGGUGGUCUUUUACUGCAAGCAGUUACUAGUGCUUAUCCUUACAUGAAACGUGGUACUCACAUACACCAAAGAUUUUUACAUGCUUUGCUACAAAUCUCGGAGUAUGCACCACAUUUACGUUCAGAUAUUUUGUCAUUGAUAAUCAACAGGUUAAUUAUAUUGGAUGUUAAUGCUCCUACUUCAGAGAUUGAGGAUUACGAGGAAGAAGAAAUGCAGGAGGAAGACACUGGCGGUGGAGGGGUAUUUAAUAUGGAGGACAUAGGGUCAAACGAUAAAGCAAAACCUUUGAAAGCAUUGAGGCAUCCUGUAGCGCAUACAUUAGACGUUUGUAUGGAGCAGGUGCUUUCCUAUAUUUACGGCUCCUGCCACGUUCAAGGAACUCUCGAACUGGAAUCCUUGAAGGGGCUUUAUCACGAGAUCCUACAGAUAUUUGAAAAAAUAAUACUACCCACCCAUGCCAGCCAUCACGUACAGUUCAUCAUGUUCUAUAUUUGUAGUUUCAAGGUGGUCGUAGCGGAAGCAUUUCUAAAUUGGUUAUGGCGAAAAGUGUCUAAUCCAAACGUAGCACCUGUGAUCCGUCAGUCCGCGGUAUCCUACAUUGCGAGUCUCCUCGCAAGAGCUGCGUUCAUGCCACUCGAGUUACUGACAGCAAUGCUGCAAGAAAUGUCACAGUGGGUGCAUAGUUACGUCUCUUCGCAAGACAGCCUGGAAUGUGUGAACAGCGAUGUCAGAGUGCACUCAGUAUUUUAUUCAGUUUGUCAAGCGAUGUUUUACCUCAUUGCGUUCAGACACAAGGAUUUGGUGGAUACAAAGAAGAAUUUAUUAAUUCUGCAAAGUCUGAAUCUCACGAAAAUAGUGACCUGCAGACUAAACCCGUUACGAGUUUGCCAACCAGCAGUAAUACAAAACUUUGCAGCAGUAACGAGGACCUACCAGCUGGCAUAUUGUUACACGGUCAUCGAGCGAAACUCUCGAAGUAAUCUUCCAGUCCUUCAGAACAGUAAUCGGCUUUCAACGUGGCUGGACACGUUUUUCCCAUUCGACCCGUAUGCUCUUCGGCUAAGCAGUCACAGGAUAAUUUCCGUGUACAUACAUUAUCAAGGCUCGGUGAAUGUCGAGUCAGCUACGGCAGGGUUAAAGGAUGAGACUGACGAGGACGACUUCAUGGACGAAUCCUUCCCUCAGUCAAUGGACUCUUACGGUCAUAAAGACAAAUUCUCGUACAGCACAUCUCCAGGAUUUAUACACACGUGAAAAUAACGCUCCAAACGUCCGUAGAAGAAUUCGUCCGACUAACUUCACGUCGAUCAGUGUCGAGGAUUAAUCCUUAUCUUCCCACGUUCACAUCGGAUCGAAAUAAACGUAUUCAUAUAUGCGACUUGUGUUCGAGUACAAUUUGAAUGUUGUACGAAUUGUGCCGCAUCGAAUCUUUGUUGUGCGGCUGAGCUGCGUUAAAAGUUAUCAUUUUCAUUUACUCUAUGGGAAGAACGGGAUCGAAGGAAGUGCUCUCCUAUGAUGAUCGUUAAUCGGUGAAACGCACAUCUUGCUUUUCGGUUAGCUCGAUCUAACGUGUGUUGUUUUAACCGUGGUCAGACGUUUUGAAUAAGAAACAUGUAAUAUUUAUUGUUAUACUUUACACAUCAGCUCUAUGUACAUAUCUGGUGUUCUAUUUUGAGGGAGGGUCCCUUGUGUCCGGACCGGCAAUAAGUGUAGAGAUUCGCUUCGAGAUCUAAGACACGCUGUCGGCCACUAAGACUUAUAUAUCCUUUUUUUUCCUUUUUCUUUUUUUACCUCUUCCGUCGACCGGCAAUUGUUCUCCGUCGUCCAGCGGCGUUUACCUUCUUGCCUCUUGCUUUAUCCAUAACACGAGCGUCGCUUCUAAGCGUAUGUAUAAAUAAAACCGUAUCAAAAAGUAGGUCUAA